CACACACACUCUCUCUCUCUCUAUCUCAGAAUUUUCUCUCUCUACACCCACAAUGCCUCCUCUCCUCCUCUUCCUCUCCCUCCUCUCUCUCCUCCUCCCCCAUGCCUCAUCCCUGGACUACUGUGUAGCUGACCUCUCUCUACCCCCGACCCCCUCAGGAUUCCCCUGCAAAAGUCCCUCAAAAUUAACAUCAGAUGAUUUCUACUUCACAGGCUUGGGCGUGGCAGGGAACACAUCAAACAUCAUAAAAGCAGCAGUAACCCCGGCUUUUUCGCCUCAAUUUCCGGCCGUCAAUGGCCUCGGCCUCUCCCUUGCUCGCUUGGACGUGCUGCCUGGUGGCGUCAUUCCACUGCACACUCACCCUGCUGGAAAUGAGGCUCUGGUUAUGAUUCAGGGGACUUUGUGUGCUGGGUUUGUUGAUACCGCGAAUAACGUGUUUCUCCAGACUUUGAAGAAGGGGGAUGUCAUGGUGUUUCCUCAGGGGCUGCUGCAUUUUCAGAUAAAUUCUGGAGGAAUUCCAGCCUUGGCUUUCGUUACUUUUAGUAGCCCAACUCCUGGCCUACAAAUUACAUCCAUCGCUCUCUUCGGAAGUAACUUCCCCUCUAAACUCAUUGAGGGCACCACCUUCUUGUCCGAUGCUGAGGUCAAGAGGCUCAAAGGCAUUCUUGGUGGCUCUGGUUAAGCCUUUCCUGCUACCACUCUCUCUCCCCCCCUUUCGUGUGCCUCGUUUCAUCUCUCUCUCCUCCUCUUGAUCUAUCUCCCACAUUUAGUGUGCUUUAUUUCAUCUCUCUUAUGUGCCUUACUCCAUCUCUCCCCCUCCUUUUGUGUAUUUUAUUUCUUCUGUCUCCCUUGUGUAUAGCUAAGUGGGUUUUGGCUGUGGUUUCUCUCCUUGUAAUAUUUAUCUUGUGGGAUGAAUGUGGGCUUUGAGGUAUGUUGUGUUUGUUUUGAGAAAAAGAAUAGCUUUUUUCUGAAUAAAUUGGAGAUUUUUGCAUGGGAA